AUGUUGCCAUUGGGUUUCAAGCUUCUCACUAAACUCCAGCACCUGUCUAUUCAAGAAUGUCCUGAGCUUGAGGAAAGAUGUAGAUGCGAUAGUGGUGAGGAUUGGUCGAAAAUAGCCAAUGUCCCGCAUAAGUACAUCGGAUCGCCUCAGGUCAGGCAGUCUGGCAAAGUGAGCACAUCGGGAAGCUCUUCUGUCCAAGCGUUUUCUUGGGCCGCAGGAGUUGGAUGUUUAGGGGAGGGAGAUAGUGGCCAUACGGGAAGGUUUAUUGAUGAUAGGCUUUUUGGGUUUUAUCGUUUUAUACAUGCAACUACCUCCCAAGAAGUUGUUUCAAUGCUGAAUGGCAGAAUGGGUUGGUGGAGCAACAUUGGAAAUGUGGUGGAAGAUAUUAGAUGGUUGGUGGUCGACAUGUAUGUGACGGAUGUUCUGUAUCAACCUCGAAAGGGCAGCGGUGUGGCACAUGCUCUUACUCAAUUUGGCUUGAAGAAGGCUCCAGUUUCGUUUGAAUGGAACCUUGAUUUUCCUCCUUGUGGGGAUUUUCUCUCCUUCAUCGCAAUUCAAGUCAUUGUUGUUUAG